UCUCCUCUGCCGCUCCUCUCCUCCGUCUAUCACUUUGUCUGCGCUCAUUCUCCUGUAUGGUGGAUAUUCUGCUCAAUACGUCUUUCUUGGAUGAUAUGGGGGAUCAUUCCAAAAAGAAGUCGGGAAUCGCGAUGUGUGUGGGCUGUGGAAGUCAGAUACACGACCAGUACAUCCUGAGAGUUUCCCCGGACCUGGAGUGGCAUGCAGCCUGCCUCAAGUGUGCAGAGUGCAGCCAGUACCUAGACGAGACCUGCACAUGCUACGUCCGGGACGGGAAAACUUACUGUAAAAGAGAUUAUGCAAGGCUAUUUGGCAUCAAAUGUGCAAAGUGUAACAUGGGCUUCUGCAGCAGCGACCUGGUGAUGAGAGCUCGGGACAGUGUUUAUCACAUGGAGUGUUUUCGGUGCUCGGUUUGCAGUCGACACCUCCUGCCGGGGGACGAGUUCUCCCUGCACGACGACGAGCUGCUGUGUCGAGCGGAUCACGGCUUGUUGGAGCGGGCCUCUGCAGGGAGCCCGCUGAGCCCCGGGAGCAUCCACAGCAGACCGCUGCACAUCUCUGAGCCGGUUUCGGUCCGACACCCUCCUCAUCACAGGAACCAUGUGCACAAGCAGUCUGAGAAGACGACCCGGAUCCGGACAGUGCUGAACGAGAAGCAGCUCCACACGCUGCGGACAUGUUACAACGCCAACCCCCGGCCUGACGCUCUCAUGAAGGAGCAGCUUGUGGAGAUGACCGGCCUGAGCCCCCGGGUGAUCCGCGUCUGGUUCCAGAACAAGCGCUGCAAAGACAAGAAGAGGUCCAUUCUGAUGAAGCAGCUGCAGCAGCAGCAGCAACACAGCGACAAGACUAAUUUCCAGGGCCUGACGGGCACAGCUCUGGUGGCAGGAAGUCCCAUCCGCCACGACAACACAGUGCAGGGGAAUCCUGUGGAGGUGCAGACCUACGAGCCCCCGUGGAAAAGUCUCAGCGACUUCGCCCUGCAGAGUGACCUGGACCAGCCCGCCUUCCAGCAGCUGGUGUCUUUCUCUGAAUCGGGCUCUUUGGGUAACUCUUCAGGCAGUGACGUGACCUCUCUGUCGUCACAGUUACCGGACACACCGAACAGUAUGGUCCCGAGUCCCGUGGACACGUGAGGAGAGGUCACAGGGUCAAACGGACCUCCACUGGAUGAAGACGUGCGAUCAAGAAAAGAAAGAAAAAAAAGGAGCAGCAUGGAGUCUGCUUGUGGAUACAUUCAGGUCCCGAUUGGGAAAUUGGAAAUCUGACUAUUGCCUUAACAUCCAGGCUUUUUUUUUUUUUUAGCUCAUUGACUUGCUCAAGGACACAGCCGCUGAUGGCCACAGGACUGUGGGCUACAUAUCACACUACUAAUGCCUGAACUGGACCUAACCGGGUGAAUACGGGAUAUAAACACGCGGGCCUGUUUUGGACGUUUAACCUCUUGUAUAUUUGAUCAAACAGGCCUAUACAAACUGUGUACACGUGCAUGAUUUGUAAGUUUCAGUAUUGACUGUUGUAAAUGAAUGAAAGAGAUAAGACGAGCUUCGUUCGCGUUUACCCUAGAAAAUAAGUUAUUAAUAUUUAUUAUGAGGACAGACA